AAAAGUAAAAAGCUCAAAAAGAUAAUCUUUCCACAGUUCCCAGUCCCCACCAUCGACCCCCAUACAUAACGUUAAGCAACGCGUUUGUUUGUCGUCUCGUCUCGUCUCGGACCACUUCCUCGACUACCCUCCUUUUUCACCUUUUUCACUCCCAAUGAUUCUUUCUAUUUAAACCCCCCAAAAAGCAUAAAAACAAUUUAAAGAAAAAGUUCCAAAACCAAAUAGCACUGACACAGAGCAAGAGAGCAAGAGAGCAAGCGAGAAUGGGGAAUCACAUUGGAGGGAAGAAGAAAGCCUCGAAGGUCAUGAAGAUCGAUGGCACCACCCUCCGCUUCCCUCCUCCCGCCCAAGCCAACGAUGUUCUCCGCCUUCACCCCUCCUACUCCCUCCUCGACUCCGAUGAGGUCCGUCUCCUCGGCAUCCGUGCCCGCCCUCUCCACCCUGACCACCCUCUCAAACCCGGCAAGGUCUACUUCUUGGUCGAACUCCCUCGUCUCCCUGAAGAACACGCUCCUCGUCGCGCCUGGUCUGGUGCUCUCCAUGUCACCGCCAAGGACCGCCUUGAGAACCUCAUGCUCUCCCGUCGCGCAAUCUCUGAUCUCACACCUGGUAAACCCUCCAUGGAGAUCAUGGCUGAGGGCUCCGUCCGGGUAAAGUUGAGGCUUCCCAAGUCCCAGGUCGCUGAGCUCGUUCAGCGCAGUGCUAGCCCUGCAGAUGCUGCGGAGAAGAUCAUGGAGCUCUAUGUCGCCGGAAACGAAGCCUCUCCGUCGUCUCUGCCGGCGCAUCGAACUCCGAAACGAACAAGAUUCCUUCCAAUGCCAGAAGAGAUUAUCACCUAAAUAAUCAACAGUUCAUCGAGCUGCAUACGAAUCAAUCAUGUAAAGACAGUGAAGCAGAAUGAAUCUCUAGGUUCUAUAAGCAUAAUAAUUUGCUACGGUUGAGAAUGAGAAGCUGCUAGUUGCUUCCUACUCCAUAGUUGUUGCUUGUACUGGAGUUUACUGGGUAGUUUUCCUUAUUUUUAUUCUUUGAAGUAUAUACUUUUGUACAAUUAGGAAAAAGGAAACAUGUAUUGAAGAGGAUUUGUGUGGUUGAGAGGUGGAAACCCAUGUGAUAAGAGUUUGAUGCUGUGACCUUUUAAAUAUAUACUAAUUUCAGAGUUCUUUC